GUGCCGUCAACUGCCGUGCCGUCUGCUUAAGUGCCCGAUAAUAAUAACAAUAGCAAUAAUAAUACAUAUAGUGCCGUUGGUGUCGUCUAUGAUCGCGUUUCGCCCGCGUGUUUUUUCACAGUUAUUAAAUCAUUUAUCGUACAUAUUAUAAUAUGUGCUACUGUCGUGAUUAUUAUACUUGCAUACAUAAUAAAUAUAUAUCGCCGGCUUAGAUUGUAACAUACGAGUAAAACACAGCCUACGCCUAUCAACAGAUGGAAUAAAAAUAUAAACUUUACCGAUGGUAAACUUUCAAUCAUCUUAGCAUAGCUACCCAAGGAACUUGGUCCAGACUUUUGAACUGGGGUUUGGGAACAACUUUGCUGGCAACAACGGUCGACUGUCUUACCUAAACGACAAAUCACCGCCCACCGGAUGAUAAAUGACAUGUCGUGAUAUAGACUCGAAUUAUACACAAUUUGCAUAUUAUAUAGGUAUACAGCAAUAGUGGUCGAAUAACCUGGUCGACGAUGGAUAUGGUUCAGUAUCGUCAUCACCAGCACCAGCAGCACCAGCACCAGUCAUUCGACACGAACCAGAAGCAUCUCGCUACAGGGGCCGUCGACUACGUACACGGUUUUGGCAGUCCGGGAAAUUUCAACGGAAACCGUGAAUCACCGUCACGACACGGCGCGUACUGGCAGUGGCAACACUCGUCGGACGGUUCGUCGUCCGAGGGGUUCAAUCACGGGCAGCGCGCGUUCUUAGACGACUCCGCGGACCACGGCUACUGGGACGCGACUGCGAGCUGCAGUAGUCCGCCACCGCCAUCGACCCGACUACCGCCGCUAGACGACGAAUGCACGUUCACCGGUCAUCUGCAGUUGCUGCAGCCACUGUCAUCGUCCCAGCGCAGUGACCGAUGGAAUCGUUCCUAUUUCAGACAUUCAAAUGACUACAUACCAACAAAGCCUAACACUAAAGAAUGCAUAUCGCCAACAAUAGCAAGAAAAAGACGUUUAGCAGCUAAUGCAAGAGAACGUCGACGCAUGAACGGCUUGAAUGAAGCAUUUGAUAGACUCCGAGAGGCUAUACCAACUUCCAUAGAAGAUGAACAUAAAUUAUCAAAAUAUGAGACGCUACAAAUGGCUCAAAGUUACAUAUCAGCAUUAUGUGACUUAUUGGAUCAAGCUCAUAAAUAAAAUAUAAUUUAUUACUCAAUUGUCAAUUUUUUUUUACACAAAAUGUUUUCUAGUCACAUAAAUUUUUUUUCUCUUUAUUUUGUCUAUUUAAUAAAAACAAUAACAAAAAGCAAUUAAAUACAAUUAAAUUUUAUUUGUUUCAUUACUGCACACCUAAAUAAAAAAUAAUAUGUGGUACAAGACA